UGUCAACGAGUUUAAAGAAUCCAGCCAGAUUUUUCAUGAAAAUAGGCCGUGAAAGUCUGCUGCAAUGAAUCCCCUGUCUAAAUCACUUUAAUACCCAGAUGGGCAGUAUUCAGAUAGCUUUAAAUCUCAUUUCUUGUUCUAGUGUCCAUACAUACCAUGUCCUGUCAAUUCAUAAAUAAACGUAUAAAGCAAGAAAUAUGUCUUUUUGUCCACUGUAUUCCCACUUCAGUGAAGAUUUGCAGUAACUAUCUGUGUCCAACAGUCUGGCUCCUUUCUACCCUUCUUUCUUAACCUACCAUUAAAGAUUUCAUUGGGAACAGAUGGAUCAGAUUUAUGAGGGGAGUAAUUAGUACAUGAUGGCUUUAUUCAAAAUGGGUUCUGGGUGGUUUUGAUCUGGCCAGCAUUUCAAAUUUGAGCUUUGUGAUGCUCGUGCCCUUCACUGCUUUUGAAUAAAAGGUUUCUUUUUAUGGAGGGUUUUAUAUCAGUUUGGAUAGGUUGAAACUCAUUGAAUAAAAGUUUUUUUUUAUGGAGGGUUUUUAUAUCAGUUUGGAUAGGUUGAAACUUCUUCGACUGAUAUCAAUUUAGAUAGGUUGAAACUUCUUCGACUGAAAAUAAGUUGAAAUCUCUUCAACUGAGAGUAAGAACUUUUGAUUACAGUUUAGAAUCCAAGUAUAUGAUUUUGACUUGAAAGGAGGUUAUAAUGCCUAGAGUCUGGUUAUCAUUGAAGAAGUCUCUGCAUUGCAAAUCAGAUCGUCAGGAGGUGGAGGUUCCACAGAGCACAAGGGAUGCAUCUUCCUCCAGGUCCUUGGCAAAUCACUUGAAGGAUGUCUUUCUUGGGAGCAAACGAGGCAUACGAAAUGGUAACUGCAGCCCUUGUUCUAUAGCUAGCACUGAAUUCUUACACAAUAAUAAUAUGCUUGAGGAGGCCAUGAUUCUCAGGGACUAUUCUGGUUUCGAGAAGAAGAACAUUGUUGGGAGCUUUAGAGAGUGCAAGAGUUCUGAUGUCAGUAAGGCUAAUGCCAGGGGGACAAGAAAUCAUGGAGAUGUUCUUCUCAGCCCUUCAAAACAGAAAAAGAAUCAGCAGUCUGUUGGAUUGAAUGGAAAGAUUGCUACUAAAAUUAUUCCUGGUUGUAAAGUUCAUGCAGCAGUGAAUGAAGUUUGCACCUGCCUCAAGUACUGCAGCCAACGAUAUACAAAUAUUCAAUCCCUGCAACGUUAUAACCUCAGAAGUUAUGCAGUCAGUGUUCUCAAGGAAGGUGAUUCUACCAGGAAUGUUGUGGAGAUCAUCUUCAAAUCAAGCUGGCUUGAAUCAAAAGUUGAAUGUUGUCAAAUUGAAAGAGUACUCAAGGUGAAUCAUACCCACAACACACUAGCCAAAUUUGAGGAAUACAGAGACACUGUGAGAGCCACAGCUAGCAAGCUGGCCAAGAAACAUCAAAGAUGCAUGGCUGAUGGCAAUGAAGUCCUGAGCUUCCAUGGCACCACCAUUACAUGCUCUUUAGGAAUUGAUGGGCUAUCUACUCCAUGCAACUUCUUGGACUGCAAUGUAUGCAACAUUAUUACAACAGGAUUCCCAUCCAAGCAAUCCAAAGGGAAAGGAAUAUACACUGCAGCCACCAGUCUCAGAGCUCACAAUUCCAUUACCCUAUCCCAUGACGGUUUAAUGUAUCCUGUAAAAAGGGCCAUGAUGGUUUGCAGGGUCAUUGCAGGAAGAGUUCACAAGCCUCCAAGUACAGGAAGUGUUGACAAGUUUUCUAUCCCUGUUGGGUUUGAUUCAGUUGCAGGAGAAGUUGAAAGCUGUUCAAAGCUUGAAGAACUAUACAUUUCUAGUCCCAGAGGAAUCCUACCCUGCUUCAUCGUGAUCUAUUCUUAAGAACACAGUGUUAAAUUUCCAGAAAUGACUUCUCUGAUCAACUUCCUGUACUUCUUUAAAAACUUUUCUUUUGUAGUGGGAACUUCUUUGAAUGCUUCUAUUGUACUGGAAGUCUAGAAUACGUACUACCUGCUACUGGUAAAGAAUUGAUUAUGCUCUGGUAAACAAUCAAUGGAACUGUACAUGCAACGUUUCUGGGUUGCAGUCUAAAUUUAUUUA